AUGCACUCCAAUGCGCCCCUGGGCCCGCCUACCUGCCUCUGGCUGGAGUUAGCUGGGCUCUUCCUACUCAUUCCCUGGGGCAUGGGCUUGGCAGGACCCAGUGGGCCUGAAGGCCAGAGGCCAGGGACGCUAAGCUGGGCUGUGCAUCUGCACAGCCUGGGUGACCCAGGACUAGAGACCCUGGAGAAGCGGGCAGACGCCUUGGCGCAGGCUGCUGGGCUGGUAAAUGCCGGCCGCAUCGGGGAGCUCCACGGCCACUACCUCUUCAUUCAUCCUGCCGGACCCCGGAAGGCCCAGAGGGCAAAGGCGGUAAGGCAGCAGGCAGAGGCCGUGCUGGGCACACACGAGGCUGUGCGCUGGCAUUCAGAACAGAAACUGCUGAGACGGACCAAGCGCAGCCUGCACUUCAAUGAUCCCAAGUUCCCACAGCAAUGGCACCUGAACAACCGGAGGAGCCCGGGCAGAGACAUCAAUGUGACUGGCGUGUGGGAACGCAAUGUCACCGGACGCGGGGUGACCGUGGUGGUGGUGGACGAUGGAGUGGAGCACACGGUGCUAGACAUUGCACCCAACUAUAGCCCCGAGGGCAGCUAUGACCUCAACUCCAAUGAUCCGGACCCCAUGCCGCACCCCGACGUGGAGAAUGGGAACCACCAUGGCACACGCUGUGCUGGCGAGAUCGCUGCGGUGCCCAACAACAGCUUCUGCGCUGUGGGUGUGGCCUACGGCAGCCGCAUCGCAGGUAUCCGGGUGCUGGACGGCCCCCUCACCGACAGCAUGGAGGCUGUGGCGUUCAACAAGCAUUAUCAGAUCAACGACAUCUACAGCUGUAGCUGGGGUCCAGACGAUGAUGGGAAAACAGUGGAUGGUCCUCAUCAACUUGGGAAGGCUGCUUUGCAACAUGGGGUGAUUGCAGGCCGUAAGGGUUUUGGGAGCAUCUUCGUGGUGGCCAGCGGCAAUGGGGGUCAGCACAAUGACAACUGCAAUUACGACGGCUAUGCCAACUCCAUCUACACCGUCACUAUUGGUGCCGUGGAUGAGGAGGGCCGGAUGCCUUUCUAUGCUGAGGAGUGUGCGUCCAUGCUGGCUGUCACCUUCAGCGGCGGAGACAAGAUGCUUCGGAGUAUUGUGACCACCGACUGGGACCUACAGAAGGGCACUGGCUGCACUGAGGGCCACACAGGCACGUCAGCGGCAGCGCCCUUGGCAGCUGGGAUGAUAGCGCUGAUGUUGCAAGCACGGCCCUGCCUCACCUGGAGAGACGUACAGCACAUCAUUGUCUUCACAGCCACCCAGUACGAAGACCGUCGUGCCGACUGGGUCACCAACGAGGCCGGAUUCAGCCACAGCCACCAGCAUGGGUUCGGGCUGCUCAAUGCUUGGAGGCUUGUGAAUGCUGCCAAGGUCUGGACCUCCGUCCCUUACCUCGCCUCCUAUGCCAGCCCCAUAGUGAAGGAGAACCAGCCCAUCCCCCUCUCGCCCCACACCCUGGAGGUGCACUGGGAUGUCAGCAGGACGGACCUGGAGAUGUCGGGGCUGAAGACCCUGGAGCACGUGGCAGUGACUGUGUCCAUUACGCACUCCCGCCGUGGCAGCCUGGAGCUGAAGCUGUUCUGCCCCAGUGGCAUGAUGUCGCUCAUCGGCGCCCCCCGCAGCAUGGACUCGGACCCCAAUGGUUUCAAUGACUGGACCUUCUCCACUGUGCGGUGCUGGGGGGAGAGGGCCAAGGGGACGUACAGACUGGUCAUCAGGGAUGUGGGAGACGAAGCUGUCCCAACUGGCAUCCUGCAGCAAUGGCGACUGACCCUCUAUGGCUCCAUUUGGGGCCCCAUGGACAUCCGGGACAGACAAAGGCUGCUGUCAAACGCCAUGAGUGGGAAAUACCUGCAUGAUGGUUUCUCUCUGCCCUGUCCCCCUGGGCUGGAGAUCCCCCAGGAAGAGGGCUACACCCUCACCCCUAACACCCUCAAGACCCUGGUGCUGGUGGGCUGCUUCACUGUCUUCUGGACCAUCUACUACCUGCUGGAGGCCUACUUGAGCCAGAGGAGCGUGGCACGCAGGAUCAGUUCCUGUUGCUGGUCCCAGCACAACCGGAAGGCCUGGGAGGAGGGCACGGAACUGGAAUUUACGCCACUUUGCAAUGGCAAAGGCCCAGAUGGGACAGAGCCGGGGGACGAGGGCUCACCGAGCACCACAACCCUGCUGGCCACUGAUGGGCUGACUCCGGGGAACUGGAGCCGGGGCCAGAACCAGAGCAGAGGGACCUGGGACGGGGCCCUUCAGCACCUGCCCCCAGACCUGCUGCAGGGAGCCGAGGAACAGAUGUGCUAAGUGUGAAGGACAAGCCAGAUGUGCUGAGUGCAAAGGAAGCAAAGACGGGCACUUCACUCCUUGCAGAACAAGCCGCUCUGAGGCUCCCUCCAAACACAAAUCAGAAUGGGAGGCCCGAGAGGCACCCAGGGAGGGUGCUUGAAGCUUUGUUUGGCUCCAGACCAGAGGGUGCCUGCACCCACCAGUUACUCCUGGGAACAGAGCUUGGGCCCGAGAAGGGCCUGUCGUGCUCAAUAGCUGUAUCUGCCAGUGGCAUGACGGGGGUGAAUUCCCCUUGCACCCCAGGCCACAGUGUUGUAGACCAUUGACCUCAGCCAGCAUGGGUGUAGCUGCCCCAGCAGCCCAGCCCACCUGCCCCAGUCCUGGGUGCAAGGCAGCCUCAACCCACUGCCCCACCCGCCUGAAGGUCACUGUGAUGCUAGAAAGGGUUUGAGCCUGUCGGGCCAGGGCUGUGGCAGUGCCAGGAAGGGCAUCAGCUAACCUGCAACCACUUGUGUUCCUCGCACCAUGCUCAGGGACAGACUUCCCAGGCAACUACCUGCCUGCCCAACGCCUUCCUCCAACCCGGGCCAACCAACCCGGUGGACUUGAAUUGUUUUUUAAUGCUUAUGACUUAAUUUCCUCUUUUCACAGCAAACUUUUGCUGGGAUUUUUUUCUGCAUAGCUUUUCCAAAAUAAAAACCUUGCUCUCCA